AUGGUGCCCCGCAAGACCACAUCGACCGAUGCAUCGACCGAUGAACAGGUCAGGCUGGUUGAAGGCUCUUCAUCCCCGGACAUGUGUGCAGAUGCCCUUGUGAACGACAGCAACGCAGCCGCAGCCGCAGCCGCAAACAGCGCCUCCGAAGAAGCGAAAUCGCAGGCAACCCCUCCAGCUGCUUGCUCCGCAUCACACACACCGGCGGAGUUUGCAGCAGUGGCGGUGCCAAGAAAGGAGCGGAAGCAAGCCCUGGAGUUCGACUCCGCAUCGCAUGGUGGCCCUUGCAAGAGUGGACUCUUCGGCUCCUCUCGGAGCGGAGGUUGCAGCGUGGGGUGCCGCUGUCCGGCAUCUGCAUCUGCACUUCGGACGUGGAUCGCUUUUUGA